AUGGCGACCGAACAAACCGACAACCCCAGGUCCCAUAGCGAUUACACCAUAGGAUGGGUCUGCGCACUCGCCCAUGAAGGUGCAGCAGCAACGGCGAUGCUCGACGUCGAACAUGGUCCUCUCACGCAAAGACCUAAUGAUACCAAUUCAUACACCCUCGGGUCAAUUGCGAAACACAACAUUGUCAUCACUUGUCUCCCGAUGGGAGAAAUUGGCACAACUGCAGCAACCACCGUUGUGGAGCGAAUGCUCUCUACAUUUCCCUCUAUCCGCUUCGGCUUAAUGGUCGGUGUUGGUGGAGGCAUACCGCCCAAAGUCCGUCUGGGAGACGUUGUUGUGUCCGUACCGUCAAGUCACUAUCCUGGCGUGGUUCAGUGGGACAUGGGAAAGACAAUACAAGGAUCAAGAGAGGGUGACGAAUCCUUCGAACGGACUGGCUCAUUGAACAGGCCACCUCAUAUUCUGUUGACAGCGGUGAACAAUCUCAAAGCACAACAUGAGCGGCGGCCAUCCCGAAUCCCUGAAUUUCUUAAACAGCUAGAGAGCAACUCGCCGAUGAUGGCUUCAAGGUAUCUGAGGUCAGAGGCUCUCAAGGACGAAGACGAUGGUGACUGUCGCUUCUGUGAUUCCGCCCAGAUCAUCAAGAGAAAGCCACCGGCACGGACGAUGCGAAUCCACUACGGAUUGAUAGUCUCGGGGAAUCAAGUUAUCAAGAACGCCCUCUCUCGGGAUAAGCUUAACGCUAAAUUCGGUGGCCGUGUUCUCUGUAUAGAGAUGGAAGCCGCUGGGUUGAUGAACAACUUCCCAUGUUUGGUCAUACGGGGAACUUGUGAUUAUGCGGACUCGCAUAAAAACAAGAGAUGGCAGAGACAUGCCGCCGCUGUUGCGGCUGCCUAUGCUAAGGAGCUUCUACACGUGGUGCGGCCGGUGGAUGUGAACGGAGAGCGAGCAGCAUUCGAUAUCAUCAAAGAAGUCAAGCAGAAGGUUGUGGAGACGGCGGAGAAUGUAAACUACCUUAAACGCGGACUGCAGCGGCGAGAAGAUUUGGACGUACUGGACUGGCUCACACCGAUGAACUUUGGGUCACAACACAGCCUUUAUCGGGAUAAGCAACAAAGAGGCACCGGGGCGGGGAAAACAAUACUGUCUUCCAUCGUCAUCGAAGAUUUAACGAAUAUUUCCCAUUCUCUAGCCGGCGAAACCGAGGCUGCUUAUAUAUACUGUGAUUACAGACGCCAGGGCGAACAAACAGCUCUCGAACUUCUUUCCAGUCUCACAAAGCAGUUGUGCCUCUCAAAGGAAUAUUUGUCGCCUGGUGUUGGAGCACUGCAUGCGAAAUACACAUCCAAGUCCACCAGACCAUCUCUUCAGGAAGUAACUCGGGCAUUGAAGGACGUCAUCAAGCACUUUACUCGAGUCUAUGUUGUUGUCGACGCACUUGACGAAUUGAUCGAUGAUGAAGACCAUCGAAAUGCUUUUGUGGACGGACUUCGAAAUCUUGUACAGUCUUCCUCAAAUCUUAAGCUAUUCAUCACUUCAAGACCACUUCUCACAGACAUUAACCAAUUUUUCGACGAUGCCGCCAAAGUAGAAAUAUCUGCUAACCAGGAUGACCUGGGGAGAUACGUGGACGGCCGCUUUUCAAAAAUGCCAGUAUCAUCACCGCUCCGUGCCAACGAGGUUCUCCAGCAAGAGGUGAAAGAUACAAUAUCACAAGCCGCCCGGGGAAUGUUCCUUUUGGCGCAGUUAUAUAUGGACUCACUCAGAGACAAGUCUACCCCCAAAGAAGUGCGUGAUGUAUUGCAAGGUAUGCAGCAUCAGGACAAUGCACCAAAGAAGCUUUCGGUAGAGGAACGACUCUACAAAGCCUAUGGCGAAACCAUGGCGCGAAUCGACAAGCAAGAACGAGGCUUUCGGGACCGUGCAAUGCAAAUUCUUCUCUGGGUCACGCACGCAAAACGACCUCUUUCGACAGAAGAACUCAGACAUGCCCUUGCUGUUGAGGUUGGCCGCACCGAGUUAGAUGAAGACAAUCUCGUUGUCAGCCUGGAUGUGUCAAUUUGCGCUGGACUGGCAAUCGUUGACGAUAAAACCCAAGAAGUCCGCCUGGUCCAUUACACUACGCAAGAAUACUUGGAGCGGCGACACUUCAAACCACCCCUAUACGCAAACCCACAUGUUGCGAUUACGGACAUUUGUGUGACAUACCUGAUGUUCUCUAUCUUCAGAAGCGGGCCUUGCACUUUCAAAGACCAGUAUAUUGAGCGGAUCUCAAGAAACUCGCUUUAUCUGUAUGCUGCAAAGUACUGGGCCAAGCAUGCUCACUUCUGCUCCGAGGCCUCCGAGCUUCUUCUUGGAUUCUUGCAGUGUAAAGAGGCCAUGAAAGCUGCAGCUCAGGCUUCGGAAGUUGGGUUAGCUAAGUAUGGUUGGUUGUUUGAGGACUGGGAGGAAUAUGAAAGCGACAAGUGGACAACCCAAUCGGCAUUUCACUGGGCUGUGAUGCAUGGCCUGCAUAGAGCUGCAGAAGCACUUCCCGAAAGAAGUGAGGAUCUGAACGCCCUAUAUAAGCAAAAGACACCACUCUACAUGGCCUUGGAAGAUGGAGACAUGACUAUGGCCCGGAUUCUCCUUUGCAAGGGAGCGCAAGUUCGCGUACUGGGUGGAACCCCGGUUCUUGAAGCCAUUUGCGAAGCUACAUACGGCGAAUUCGAGGUUGAUGUGUCGAUGGUUGAAGAUCUGCUCAAGAAAGGAGCUGAGAUCGCAAAUUCUAAGGGAGAUUGCCCUUUGCUGGUCAUAGCAGCUAGUCGUGGCCACGAGCAACUUGUCGAUUUCCUAGUACAAAGGGGUGCUAACCCGGAGAGUUUGGGUGAAAUCAGUUGGUGGGACAGUGACAAAGUCACACCCCUGUUUGCUGCAGCUCACAAAAGUCACAUGGGGACAGCAAUGAUUUUGUGGAAGACUGGAGCCGAUCCAAAUCGAACGCUUGGAAAAAAUAAGUCGUCCGCGCUCCAUGAAGCUGUCAAAAUCGGACAUGAACAACUUGUCGAAAUGUUUCUUGGAACAGAGAAUGGUGUGGAUCUCAACAUCUCCGGAGAUUCUCCAGUUGAUAUUGCCCGGGUCGAGUCCCUUGAUUACGGCCUCAAAGCAGAGAGCCAUGACUUGGCUAAGGAGUGCAUCUCGAUCUCAGCCCGGAUAGCUGUGGACAUUGAGUCUCAGGACUCCAAUGGCCAUACCCCGUUAGCAUUGGCCGCAAUAUCUGGUCAUUGCCGUAUCGCUGGGAUCCUGAAUGGACGCGAUCAGACACCACUGGAGGUUGCUUUGAACGCCGCUGAUCAAAGUAUGGUUGAGACGCUGUGCCGUUAUUGUGCCUACGUCGAGGAAACGGACUCUUAUGGUCGCAAAUAUCUGGAACACGCUAUCUCCAAGGGGGCGGUGGGAUGUGUGAAGGUCCUACUUCGACCUUGUUUGAGCUGGCUCAUAAAGGAGGCUCCCAAGAUCAUCGAGAAGUGUUCAUUAUGGGUUCAUGAAGCGACGGAUGAGAGCCUGAUCGACAAUGAAGCCUCUUACCAAGGAAGGCAUCAUCAAUCCGAAGGAAGCAUGUCCAGCCAGUUGCAAGCAAUAUAG